UGGGCAAAUGUGAGUUUUAAAGUAUUUGAACAAUCUGGAAUGGGAAAUCAUCAUGGGCGUCACUCACUCUCCGGCCACCGCAAGAACAAUCAUCCUCCGCCGUUUAAUUACGGCUCAAAUCCAGCUCCCACAACCAUCGUGAAUCCGAAUAUGGGUCUGCGUCUGCCCUACGGCCACGUCGACUCCAGCCUGCGGGCGCUGGCUGGACAGGCCGAGGGCUUCGGCCGUUUCGCCGUCGGCGGCCUAAACGGCGCCGUUUACCGCGUCACCACCCUCGCUGAUGAUGGACCAGGUUCACUACGUGAUGGAUGCCGUAAAAAAGAGCCUUUAUGGAUCAUCUUUGAAGUUUCGGGAACCAUUGAACUCUCGUCUUAUUGUAGUGUGUCCUCUUAUAAAACUGUUGAUGGCCGUGGUCAAAGAGUUAAACUAACUGGGAAAGGCUUGAGGUUGAAGGACUGUGAACAUGUAAUCAUCUGUAAUCUACUAUUUGAAGGGGGUAGGGGGCAUGAUGUUGAUGGGAUUCAGAUAAAACCUAAUUCAAAGCAUAUCUGGAUAGAUCGUUGCAGUCUCAGUGAUUAUGAUGAUGGACUGAUUGAUAUCACUCGACAAAGCACAGAUAUUACUGUUUCUAGGUGUUACUUUACAAAUCAUGACAAAACAAUGCUCAUUGGUGCCGAUCCAUCUCACACGGAUGACAGAUGCAUACGUGUUACCAUUCACCAUUGCUUCUUCGAUGGGACGCGACAGCGGCAGCCGCGUGUCAGAUUUGGGAAAGUACAUUUAUAUAAUAAUUAUACCAGAAACUGGGGAAUUUAUGCUGUUUGUGCCAGUGUAGAGUCACAGGUCUACUCCCAAUGCAACUUUUACGAGGCCGGCCAACAAAACAAGGUGGCCUUUAAAUAUUACACUGAGAAGGCAGCUGACAAGAACGUGGAAUGCACUGGCUGCAUCAGAUCCGAAGGUGAUAUAUUCAUUGGAAGAACUCCGCCGGGUUUGACACCCCUCCCAACUGAGACCUGCGUUUUCCAUCCUUCCGAGUUCUAUGAUUCAUGGACAGUGGAACCACCAACCGACGAACUGAAACAUUUUCUUCAACACUGCACGGGAUGGCAAGGUACUGCUCGCCCUGCUGAUCUUCCAACCUCUUGAUCCCGCUUACUACGCGUAUGCUGCAUUUUCUCGUGGCGUGACAUUAUGUAGUAGUAGGCCCUACUUGUUGCUAAACUCAAUGUGCCCUGUCGAGACUUCUCUUCCUGUGGUCCUUUGAACGUCUCGUUCCCAUUCUUGUUCUCAAUAACGCAGUGCGAAUGUGAACACUGAUCUCACUAUCUCAUUGUGGCGUUCUUGCAUUGAAAUUUGGCAGUCUUGGUUGUUGUUGA